UGUGUUUCAGACGUAUUGUCACUCUCAGUCUCACCGUCUCACCCUCUUCUCAUCCAGCUGCGACGCCACCGGCUGCCAUCAGCAAUCGCCCCUCCCCUCGCCACCGGCUGCCACCAGGUGGGAGCUGAAAAGGCGAUGCUAUGUAUUCAACUCUGAGACACCCACUCUGAUAUGUAUAAAGCUCUUGGUAGAAAUCGGCUCAUAUACCGUGCUCGUAUAUCAAACUACGUCAAAAGGGGUCAGAUUGAUCAAGCCAUCCAAGUUUUUGAUGAAAUGACUCAAUCAGAUUGCAGAGUUUUUAGCAUAGAUUACAAUCGAUUCAUUGGCGUAUUAGUUAGCCAAUCCCAUUUUGCUUUAGCCGAACAGUAUUACAAUGCAAUGAUACCAAAAGGAUUUUCUUUAACUUUUUUCACAUAUUCAAGAUUCAUUUCUGGGUUGUGUAAAGUAAAGAACUUUGAACUUAUACAUAGACUUCUAAAAGAUAUGGAUAAAAUUGGGGCGGUCCCGGAUAUGUGGGCUUAUAAUAUAUACUUGAAUCUUUUGUGUAAUGAGAAUUUAGUGGAUAUGGCUUUAGAGGUAUUGAAAAUUAUGGGUGAGAAGGGAAGAGAACCUGAUGUUGUGAGUUAUACUAUAGUUAUUAAUGGGAUGUGUAAGGUGAGACGGUUUGAUGCCGCUGUGGAACUGUGGAACAGAAUGAUUCGGAAAGGUUUCAGUCCGGAUAAUAAAGCUUGUAGGGCACUUGUUUUGGGUUUGUGUGAUGGUGGGAAGGUUGAUUUAGCUUAUGAGCUAACCCUGGGUGCAAUGAAGGAUCGAGUUAAGUUUAGCUUAUCGAUAUAUAAUACACUGAUUUGUGAAUUUUGUCGAGCUGGUCGGUUUGACAAAGCACAAGCAAUUAAGGCCUUUAUGAGGAGGAAUGGAUGUGAGCCAGAUUUGGUGACUUACAAUGUGUUGUUGAAUUAUUGUUGUAAUGAGCUAAUGCUGGAGGAUGCAGAAAGGUUGAUGGAGAAGAUGGAGAGGAGUGGGAUGCAGCCUGAUGGUUACAGCUACAACCAACUUCUUAAAGGCCUUUGCAAAGCCAACCGAGUGGAUAAGGCUUACAUGCUGAUGGUGAACAAGAUGCUGGCUAAAGGCUUGGUCGAUGUUGUAUCUUAUAACACAAUUAUUAGAGCUUUGUGUAAGUCUUCCCGCGCACGGAGGGCCUACAGGCUACUAGAGGAGAUGGGCCGGAAGGGAAUUGUUCCUGAUGUGGUAACUUUUACAAUUCUUAUAAAAUCUUUUCUUAGAGAAGGCAGUUCCAAUAUAGCUGAGAAGCUUCUUGAACAGAUGACAGGGAUGGGUAUGUUACCAGAUCGUGUAUUGUAUACUACAAUUGUUGAUCAGAUGUGUAAGACAGGGAGAUUAGGGAUGGCUCGCAGAAUUUUCUGUGAUAUGGUAGGGCAAGGAAUCAACCCUGAUGUAGUUUCAUACAACGCGCUCAUCAAUGGUUUUUGCAAGGCAUCAAGAGUAAGUGAAGCUAUGCAAUUGUAUGAGGAGAUGCAAAUGAAAGGGUCAUAUCCAGAUGUGGUUACUUUCAAAUUGAUCAUUGGAGGGCUCAUACUUGAAAAGAAGCUUUCAGUUGCUUGUACUGUCUGGGAUCAGAUGAUGGAGAAGGGUUUCACGCUCGACAAAGAUGUCUCUGAUACUCUUGUUAAUGCCAUCCACUCAAAAGAUGCAUCCUGCAUGAAUGUGAGGAAUGGUUGAACUGUAUGGUGCAGCUGCCAAGCCUUUUAUGUAGUGUUGCAAACCCUCAUCAGAAAGGAUUCAUUGAUUGAAAUUUACACCAUUUGAAACCAAAGUCAUUUGGCUUAUUUGUCUUCCUAGCAAACUGCAGAAAAGGGCAAUAAGGUAUUGCUACAAUUGAGCAUGUGAAUGGGAAGUGAAUUUGUGAUAACAUUUACUGCCGUGGUAUGGUGUUCAAAUCUAGAUUCAUGAACUUCUUUAAUAUCUUUUCUUCACUGGUAUUCUCUUUUCCUAUUUCCUUUCUGUCUCCACAUGUUUUGUGCAG